UCUUGUUUUUGAGAGACAUUUAGAUACAAAGACAGAUGGCUGAGAACACUGAUCUUUUUGAAAGUUACCUGAACUGCCAUGUGUGUUCAGAGACUUUCAGAGAUCCUGUGUCUCUGAGCUGCAACCACAGCUUCUGUUCAAGCUGCCUGCACACAUUCUGGGAACUAGCUAACAACAAAAACUGUCCCAUUUGUAAAAGAAAAUCCUCAAAAGAGAAUAUUUUGGUGAACUUUGCACUGAAGGAACUGGCUGACAACUUUGCUGGGAGACAGAAAUCAGGAUCAUCUGAGACAGAAAAAGGAGAGAAGAAGGUGGAGGUGGUGUGUAGUAAACACCAAGAAGAGCCUAAAUUGUUCUGUAAGGAUGAAGAUAGAGUUGUGUGUCCUGUCUGUGAGUUUUCUCUCCACCACGGUCACACGGUGGUUCCUGUAGAACAAGCAGUCAGAGAUCUGAAGGAGCAGCUGAAAUCUGACUUACAGUCUCUGCAGGACAAGAGAGACAAACACAGACGAGUGGAGGAAACAUACGAUGAAAUAACUCAACACUCCAAGAAGCAGCUGCUGUCUACAGAGAGUCAGAUCAGAGCCGAGUUCAACAAGCUGCACCAGUUCCUGAAAGAGGAAGAGGAGUCCAGACUGGCAGCUCUGAGGGAGGAAGAGCAGCAGAGGGGGAAGACUGUCAGCAGAGAGAUGAAGAGGAUUCAGGAGCAGAUCUCCUCUCUGUCAGACAGCAUCUCUGCUGUGGAAGCAGACCUGCAGAAAGACAGCGUGCCGUUCCUCAGCAGUUAUAAAGCCUCUCAGAGCAGAGCCAGAGUCCAGUGCUCGCUGUCAGAUCCACAGCUGCUCUCAGGAGCACUGACAGAUGUGGCCAAACAUCUGGGCGACCUGUCCUUCAGAGUCUGGGAGAAGAUGAAGGACAUGGUCCACUUCUGUCCCGUCAUUCUGAACCCAAACACUGCACACCCCUGUCUCUGUCUGUCUGAUGAUCUGACCAGUGUGAGAUAUGGAGACACAAAGCAGAAGCUUCCAGACAAUCCAGAGAGAAACAGCAGGUAUCCCUCUGUUCUGGGCUCUGAGGGUUUCAGCUCAGGGAAACACAGCUGGGAGGUGGAGGUGGGAGAUCAUCCUGUCUGGAGGGUGGGUUUAGCCAAAGAGUCAGCUGACAGGAAGGGAGAAAUACAUGGUUCACCAAAAUAUGGAAUCUGGUGUUUAUUUCAUGACAGUGGCAAAUACACUAAUGUAUCUGGUAAGAGCGUCACAGUGAAGAAGAGUCUCCAGAGGAUCAGAGUCCAGCUGGACUAUGAGGGGGGGGAGGUGUCCUUCUACAACUCUGAAGACAAGACUCACAUCUACACUCACAGAGACACUUUCACUGAGAAACUCUUCCCUUGGUUCAGUAUGGGACCGACUGGUGAUGCUAAAACUGCAGCAAUCAAAAUCUGUCCAGCUGAGAUUUCUCUGUGAGGUUCAGAUGGGCUGAUGAUGAUGUCAUUUAUACAUAUGUUUAUUUGGUUUAUUGUCUAUUUUGUUGAACGAUCUGGAAUAUUGUAGUUGCUGUGUGUGUGUGUGUGUGUGUGUGUGUGUGUGUGUGUGUGUGUGUGUGUGUGUGUGUGUGUGUGUGUGUGUGUGUGUGUGUGUGUGUGUCUGUGUUGUCGUUUUUGGGUGGUGGUGAUGAUGGAUAAACUGUCAGCAUUCCCAGAAUGCAUCACUCUUAAAGUGAAUGAUCCUAAAUGUUUGGGAGGGGGCCCAGAGGAGACUCUUAAAUGACAGAAAGGGGAGAGAGUGGAGAGAACAUUUGAAAUGUGCAUUUACUUCCUUUAUUUGAACUUGUCUCUCAAUCCUCAUAUGUUGUAUUUUACUGGCUUUAAUAGGAUUUAUUUUGAUCAACAACAGUUUGGUUUUGACUUAGUAUUGUUAUGUAUUUGUAGCUCUGAUUAGCAUAACUGUUGUUGCUCCUAUUAGUAAUAUCACUGUUAUGUGUGUUCUCUCUUUUACAGCUAACUUCUCUUUUGUAAAAUAAGAAACAUGAAGACGAGAUAAAGAGUCUGAUGGAUGUUUGAAAGUGUUUCAAUAAAAAGAGAAUUAGAAUAAUAAUAAUAGUUAUAAUAACUUUCUGAGAAUGUAUUUAUAUAUAUGAAUACAUUCAGGUUUAUAAAUGUUGUUAGGGCCGUCCUCCAUUAAAGACAUGUUAAGUUUUGGGUAUGACUGUUGAUGGUAAUUGUUGAUUUUGUUUAGAUUUGCAUAAUUGUAAUUAUAUAAGUGAUUAUUGGUGGUUUGUUUUUAUUGAUGAGGAUAAAUGUUCUACUGUCAGUUUAAUGUUCAUUUAAGAAAAAGAUUCAAUGUUUGAUGAUAAUAAAGAGGUGUGGUUUACUUUA